AGCUCUACGGUUUGUGUGUGUGUGUUGUGAAGUUGAACAGCCGUUUCAUUUCCUGGACCACAGAAAAUGGCGUUUUGCCCAAACCAUGAACGUCUUCAGGUGCUGUCUGGAAAUUAAUAAAAGUUUAUAAACUCUGCACAUAUAAGUUACUAUUGAAAGUUGACUAGAAAUGCUUAUAUUUGUCCUCCUGCUGCUGUGUCAUUUCACGUUAUGUGGACACUGUGCGUGUACGAGGAAAACCCUUCAGAUAGGAGCAGAACAAGAGAGUGAAGUGUUUGUUGUGGACCAGGAGGCCAACACAUUUUUAGGACGCCACCUGUUGUUCAACCGCUUUGACUUUGAGAUCUUUACCCCGGGUAAUCUCGAACGGGAGUGUAUCGAGGAGAUAUGCAAUUACGAGGAGGCUCGGGAAGUCUUCGAGGAUAUCCCCAAAACAAAUGACUUUUGGAGGACAUAUACAGAGGCUAAGGGUGAGUCCCAGUCAAAAGUUGACGUAAUAGUUUUGCUGGUGGGCAUCAUCUCCGCUGGAGUCUUUAUCAUUAUUAUUGGCCUCCUCAUCUGGUAUUUCUGCCAGGGCAGGAAUAAAAACGAUGGUUUCCGGGGCUCCUUCAGACGUCGAUCCACCCGAAGCAAUGCCUCGGUAAUCAUCCGCAGACUGGAAGAGGUUUCUCUGCAUCCUAUUCCUCCCGCAGAGGCCAGUGCAGGUUUACCUUCAUACGAACAGGCUAUUGCCAUCACUGGACCACAUGAUGCUCCGCCACCACCAUAUCCUGGUUCCAGGCCAGGAAGUAUGAGACGAUAACCAAUCACCGCGAUGAAUGGAUGGACUAAACGCCUAUUUUCUUGAUUAUGAACUGAACAAUUUUCAACCAAAGGCUUUUGGAUUUAAUUCCCUAGGAUAAGCUACUAAUAUACAUAUUGUCCUGCAGAACUACACUACAGCUUUUAGCUUAUCAUGAAUUAAAAAGCAAUGGAAAUGAAAUCACCGGAUAGUUCUGAAGAGUAUAGAUCAGGGGUGCUCAAUCCUGUUCCUGGAGAUCUACCUUCCUACAGAUUUCAGUUGCUACCCAUAUCAAACACACCUGCCUGUAAUUAUCAAGUGGUGUUCAGGUCCUAAUUAAUUGGUUCAGGUGUGUUUGAUAUGGGUAGCAACUGAAAUCUGCAGGAAGGUAGAUCUCCAGGAACAGGAUUGAGCAUCCCUGGUAUAGAUCAUAGGACUCAAACUCGGUCCUGGAGGGCUGCAUCUCUGCACAGUUUUGCUCCAAUCCUAAUCAAACAAAGCUGAUGCAAAUAAUCAAGGUGUUCAAGACUACUAGAGACUAUCAAGCAGGCGUGAGUUGGAAGUUUUUGGAGCUAAACUAUGCGGAGCUGCGGCCCUCCAGGAAUUGAGUUUGAGACCAUUGGUAUAGAUAGUCAUAACUUUUAAAUAUAAAAAGUAUUAUAAUUGUGUUUACUUUAAAAACAUAAUUAAUUAACAGUUUUGAUAUUAAUUAUUGUAUCAAUAAAAAGCCAGAUCGUAUAGUUUAACUUAUUUUUUCUUCUAGGGAUUUAAUGAAGGACACAGCAUCGUUUUAUCUUUUUUAAUCCUCUGUUACAGAGAUAUAGUGAAAUGUGACUUGCUAUUUAGUAUUUACUGGAUCAAUAUUUGUAAUAAUUCAGUAAUCAGAGCAAGAUUACCUCCUCUAACCUCAAGACACUACUCAGGCUGUGUUUUUGGUGCAAAACCGUGUACAUAUAGAUGAAUGAAUUCUGCUGCUUUGAUCUUAUUUUGAUUUAAUUUAAUUCUACUGGCAGAUGAAACUGUUUUGCGGAGUUAUGAAACUGCACAGUUGCAUUAGUGGUUUCUGGAGGCUGAAGCGUGUCUUUUACUUGACAGCACGUCAGCUCUGAUGUUAUCGUCAUAUAUUACUAGCCUUCAUAAUAAACUUCUUCCUUUGUUGACAAA